GAAAGCAGACAGGCUCUUGGCGUGAGUGCAUCAUGGAGAGACCUGUCGCCGUGUCAGUGCGCAGGAGUCCCUCACUACCAGAUUACAACACCUCAACCUCCACCUUGGCCUUUGACCAGCAUUUCACUACAACUCUCAAAGGAAUUCUCCUCCAGGCUGAGAUAAUAUGUGGCAUGUUAGUGUGGAUUCUGGUUGGGGGUACAGACUAUUUCCAUCUGCCUGCUCUCUGCUGGGUGAUGUUUCUUUCCAUCUUGUUCUGGAUUCUAACAGUUAGCCUGUUUAUAAUUUACCUCACUGGAGUCCACAACAGGAUACCACAGGUCCCCUGGACCACACUGUCACUGUGCAUUAAUUGCAUUGCUACUGCACUAUAUCUUGUGACAGCAGUAGUAGAUGCUCUCUCCGUCAACCAGGAGGUCAGGGGGCGACACAACUAUAACUGCUGGGCGGCAUCAGCGUUCUUUGCAUUUCUGACCACACUUUGUUAUGCAGGAAGCAGUUAUCUGAGCUACCGUACAUGGAAAACCACAGAAGAAGAGCAGUAGCGUCAUUGCCUCUCAUUUUACAGCAACAUCCUUCUUUUCUCUGUCAACACGAGCUUUUGUGAAUUCUGUGACCAAAUUCUAACGAAGUAAAGUUCAGUAGAAAAAUGAAAAACUUGCCGUGACGGAGCAGCCACUUGUUUUCAACAUGUUUAACCUUGUUUGUGUGAUGCAGCUGUGCAACCAGUGGUCUACAUACAAGCAGUUUGAGAAGAUAAAGCAGUGAAGGAUGUAACACAAAAAUGCACUGAACCAUGUGUACCCAUGUGUACAACGUGCUUUUGUUCUAAUACCCAAAAUGCUUUUUUAUUUUGUGUAUUGAUUUUUUUCUUGAUUGCCACCAAUUUCCCAAAAGAUCAAGUCAAAAACGUGCUGCUCACAAAACACUGAACAUUAUACAACUUUAUCCUUCAACUAUUAAGCAUAAAUAAAAAAGGUAAAAUCA